AUGCAGCUAUCAAUCGAAGCGAGGGACGAUCCAGACUUUUCCUUCUCCCUCUCCGCCUUGUCCGUGCUCGCCAACGACCAGUCACCGACGUGGGAUAUUUUCUCCACGUUCCCUGACCCGACCAAGAGGUUCGUCAGCAACCAGCUCGUCCUGCGGCUGUGCUCCUCGAUCUGCGAGCUGGUCAUGGAGGCGGACGCGCACGGGAGGAAGCGGUACAGCACAGGAGUCAAGGAGGAAGCAGACAUGCCCUGCUCCGAGGAUCGUCUGCCCUUGAGGACUCAGCAUGGCGACCCGGUCAGCAGCGCCACAGACAACGCCUUGAUCCUCUCGCAGAUCCUGUUGAACUUCAUGGCCAACUCCAAGAUCGCCUCCAACUUGUCCAACAACAGUCUGUGCCUGCGGCAGCUUCUGCGCAGCAUGAAGUUUGGGUUUGCUGCCAUCAACGUCAACGUCAUGAAGAUCCUGCUGAGGGUGGGCAGAGCCGCCACGAGCCAGCACGUGAUCGAGGGGUGCCUCGAUGUCCUCAUGUGGCAACUGGGUCAUAACGACGAGGCGUUAGUGAUGUCAACCUGCCUCGAGUCCAUCUCCUUGUACGUGGAGACAGAAGACGCGCAGGCGGCAAGGGAAAGGCGGGUUGACGCGAGGAAUCUCUGCACAAUGAUGCGACAACAUCACCUCCUCCGCACCCUAGACACACACGGGCUCUUCCAUCCCUCCAACUUAGUCCGCGAGCGAACUCUCGAGCUUCUGGUCUGCCUGGGCAAGCAUCGAGAGGAUGCGAUCCGGCUCGACGUAGCCCAGCAGGCGAACCUCUGCAAGACCUUGUGCGUGCUGAGCGUGCAGGACGAGGAGUGGAAGAGCAGGGCCAUGGCAGCGCGAGCCCUGCUGGGCCUCAGCCUGCGCAAGGACGGGAAGAUGUGCAGACAGAUGGUUGAGCAUGUGGUGGGAUACGAGGAGAACAUGGCGAGGGCGAUGCUGGGGGGCGAAGUCUCGUCCGACGUGGCCGCGUGCAUGUCGGCUGCCUCUUGA